UAUGUCCCUUAAAAAGAUAUCAAAAAUAAUUUGUUUGCAGAAAAAUUAUUGAAAAGCAAGUCAUGAAUAACACCCAAACGAUUUACAAAAUUCAAGUGACAUCCUGCAAGUCUUUAAUAGAAGAAUCUAUGGAAAACACCAGCAACAUACUCUCAACGUGAUGUGAGUUUCCAAGAUGAUGGUGACUGAGACAAAAGUAAUCUAAGGAACCAUAAUGAUAGAAAUGGUUGGAGAAUGAGGGCGUUUCUCUUUAUUAUCAGCACCUGUUGUGUCUUGCCAAACCUGAAAACCGGUGCCGCUACAAUACUAAGGCAGCUUAACAUUUCAUCUGGCAGUUUCAUUGAGAAGGUUGAGGGUUCAAAGGUUGAAGUGCGAUGCUCGGCCAACAGCGACGUGCCCACUCGCAACAUCUACUGGAAGGCGCAGCAGCCCAACUCUCGCUUCCAGCAGCGUCACCUCAACAACUACACGGUGGUCUUCACCAUCACAGACCUGCACCGGUCGGAUGCCGGCCGCUACAAGUGUAUUCUCGUCGAUGCCCAUGGCAAUGGCUACAUGGAGAAAAAGAUGGAGCUGCACGUCACACCUAACUCAUCGUACCCAGAUGGUCGGGGUAAGUGUGGUAUCACCCAGUUCCGCUGUGUCGACUCUGGCCUGUGUAUCUUCGCUCGCUUUCUCUGUGAUGGUCAGCCAAAUUGUCCCGAUAAUUCUGAUGAAGUAAACUGUUCAAAAGACAUCUGUCGUGACAAGUUCCGGUGUAACAACAGUAGGUGUAUCAGUAAACGACUGGUGUGCGAUGGAACAGACAACUGUUCAGAUGGAACAGAUGAAGAGAACUGUUCUUCUGUCAGUACGACAAGUCCGGACGUGGAUGAGACGUAUCACUUCAACUGGCUGAAGACCACAGUGUACACGGUGAUUGGCUGUACCGUGGCCAUCGUCAUCUUCAUAUCCUUCAUCGUCAUCGUCGUCUUCCGCAUCAAGAUGAAGCGUCUGCGCACACGCAGACUGGCCCGGGCAAUGGAGCGACACCGUCAGCAUCAGGACGGGUCUAACAACCCGGGCAGGUCGGCAGAGCAGGACCCCUUCCUGGCAGUGGGAACAAACUCACACUUCGGCAACAUAAUAGUCAAUGUGAACAAUGGGGUGCAGUAUGUUCCAUCAUCAGACUUCAACCAGUUUGUGGAUACCCCUCCCCCAUACCACGAGGUGGUGGGUGCUCACAGACGCAACUCGCCACCACCACCAUACAGUACAAUUGACAGAUCGCCAAGACCUAAAUCAGUUUCUGAGACCACAGCUGAAACUAGUAACCCAGCAGCAUCUGGCAGGAGAGAACUUCACGAACUUCCAGUGACUGAAGUAAGCCACGCGACUGAGAGUGUUAAUUCUGCUACCCCGGUGACACAGGUGUCAGACUCGGAAACAGCAAACCAUACAACACAGUCUUUACCACAGGUAGAUGCCAGUCCAGAACAAUCGGAACCAGUUCAGUCGGAACCAGUUCAGUCAGGUGCUGAACAGAUAAGACUGGUUCAGGGUAGUCAGAGUCUGCCUAGACCUGGUCGUCUUGCUGUGCAUGACGGCAAAAUUGUGAUCAAUCCUGAAAACUUUGGUGUUGCUGAAUCUAACAGCAUUUCUUCCCACACGCUAGACACACCGAGACAAGGCCAGCUUGAGGUGAAGGAAGGACAGAUAGUGUUGAAAGUUGAUGGUGAUGGAGACGAAGCAUUGACUAGACAGAUGAGAGGAAUUCAGUCUCCACUGGAGGGGGAAGGGAGUCAGUCGACGGGGGGAGGAACUUUAGAUGUACAAGAUGGAGUCAUUGUGUUCAGACCUCGGGAAUCAUGAUAUUGCGUUUUGUUUUUUGUUAUGGAAUUUGUGCCAUUUUAAUACAUCAGGGCCCAUUACUUAUGACUACUGAAUAGGACCCUUAUUCACGUUUAACUUUUAAUCUUGCAGAGAAAAUUAAAAUGUUGGUAUAGGAGCUAUUCAGGUUUAAAUUUAUCUGGUCUCCAUGCAUGUGGUCUCUGAAAUGUUUUCUUGUAAAUGUGCAAAUACACAAUCAGAAAAAAAAGUUUCAAAAUGGCUUCAUUCAGGUCCUUUUAAACAAAACUUUUCUGAUGACUUCUGACUGAAAGUUGUAAUACUGACAUACAGGUGUUUAGAAGUAAAAGGACAUGGUUCGUUAAAAUUAGUUACACUAAAUUAUAUUGCAGUAGUUUAGGUCAGGUAGCAAUCUGUGGUAAAAUUCAUCAACCCUUCUAACUAGUCUAGUUGGUGGCCAGACCAAAUUCCACCUCUGCCUUUAAUCUCAUAUUAUUAAACGAACUGUCCUGAGUUUGCUGCCAUUGUACGAUGUUUCCAGCAAAGGUUGAUGAUUGGACAUUCUCGCACCAUCAGUUUGGAUCCAUACACAAAUAUAAAUGGUAAAUUUGUUUUAAUAUUUGACAAAUUGUACAAUUUUUUUUCUUUGAUCUUUUAAAACAUGGUGCUGGAUUUAGCUCAGUCGGUUGAAUGCUCUCUUACAGUACUUAAUCAAUUGCUCUAAUUUGGUGUUUUAAAAUUUUAAUAUAAUAAUCUCAUGAUGCUUAAGAAAAAUAAAAAGAUACUGACAUGUUUUCUGUUCAGUAUGCACUGAAAUGUAUUUUAAUAGUUGUGAACCUAAUGUAAAAAUAAUAAAUAAACACACCCUAUAGUAGUCUUUGAAUUUGAAUGACAUUCAGUGUUUGAAUUUCACUUGGCAUUUUUGCAAUAAUAGUGAACCAGUACAUGGCACUUCCGUUUUAAAAGUGUUGGAAACCUUUCAAUAUAAUAUUGUUAUUGGAAAUAUAUUGCUUGCAAAUUACUAAAUUAAAUGCAUGUGACUGCAUUUGAAGAAUAUUUUAUUAUAUAAAAAAUUGUACCAUUUACAAAAAAGUAAUGUUGAGUAAAAUAUUUGUGUAUAAUGAAAAAUAAAGUGUAGGAAUGUCCUGUCGUCAACCUUAAUGGAGAAAUUUUUUUUACACUGUUCAUUUGCAUAAAUUGCCAAGAUAUUGGUUUGGUCCAUAGAACUGAAAAGUGCUUAAUGAAUUUGACCACGGAUAGUAUCAUAUAGGGCAAUGUAAAAUGAUUAUUAAAUGUAUAUAUGUAUGUAAAGAUCGAGUAUAUUAUAAAUUAUAGACUACAAUAAAUGUAAAUACUGCUGACAGUCGUUUCAUCUAGAUAUCAGUCUUAGCUAGAUAAUUAAAUAUAGGCUAAUAUAAUGAUAAAUAAUUAAAUUGUCAUAUGCAAUGAUGACAGUUAUGCAAAAGAAUUAGAAUUAGUAGUAACCAUUCAGGGUAUGAAGGGUAAAAUUAUGUCCCCUUAAAUAAUUGGAAAUUUAUGGAUAUAUUUUUUAUAACUUUUAGAAAUAUUAUAGUUAGAGAAUUGCUGUUUUAAAAUCUGUAAAAGUACAUGUAAUACAGUGUCCAAUUUCAAAAUAUUUCAAACCCAUAACCACCUAGCACUUAUGAUUUGUUUUUCUUUUUAUUACAUACCCUCAAAUUUUUUUCUUGCAGAAAUUCUGCUAGUGAGGUGAAAGUGUUGAAAUAAUAGUUCUUGUUUAUUCACAUUCAACAAAAACCACAUACGAGUAGGAGGAAUUUAUAACAUAACGAAGAUUGGCAGCUCGAUGUUUGGAGAUUUGUGCUAGUGUUUUAUGUCUUGCAUUCAGAUGUUGUUAAUCUUUAAUAGUACCGGUAUUCAUUAUUUUUUAAUCAUGUGAUUAUGCCUCAUUUUUUGGCAAUACUGUUUCAGCAAAUGGGGAAUAUUUCUAUCUUUUAUGAGAGUCACGUGAUUGUGCUUAACAAGGGGAUGUAACUAUUAUGUCUGUGGUCAUCAGACUCCACAACCACUUAGUUAUUACUUGGUGUAGCAGUUUAAUAUAGUCCAGUUCAGAAAAUAGUUAAGAUAAUGAUACAAAACCCUGAAAUAUCUUUUAAAAUCUUUUUUUGAUGAUUACAAAUAGGAUGGCCUCUGUAGUACUUAAGUAAUCCAUUGUAGUACUUAAGUAAUCCAUUGAUUUGAAGUUAUUUGUUAUAUUUACGACUAACUGAUAACAACUAUGCAAAUGAAAUACUGCAACUUGUGUAACAGUAACAUGGUAUUCGGGUGGCUAACAGAAAAGUUUGGUGGUCAACCUAUGUUAAUUUUUUGCAAGGUAGUUGUUAAGGGAGAGUACUCUCUAAAACUAACAUUCACAGAUAUUGUAGUAUUUUUCACAGAAUAUAUCCUGAUAUAGAAACUUGUUUUGAAUUGCAUGGGUAAGAAUAUUUAAUGGUUGUGUGCAGCCAGCAGACCACAGUUUCAGAUUGAUAUUGUGUUAAUGAAACCUGCCUUAUAAAACUUAUCUUGUUAAUUUGUAGUGUUAAAGUUUAUUUAGUAAAUAUGAUACAGUAGGGGUUCUUUUAUAAUAAAAUAGAUAAAUAUAAAAUUUACUUUUUCAGCCAUCCCUGUCUGUUCUUGUAAUAUAGUAGUUUAUUUACUGAAUGGAUGAGAGAAAAAGAAUCGAUCAUGCAUAUAUGCAGUCAGGUGGAAUAGAGAAAGUACAGCUCAGUGGUGGCAAUUUUGACCCAGGGUCUCUAGCAAACCUCAUCCCAGGUCAAAAUUGUUACCACCUUGGGUGUACUUCUUCUAUCCAACAUGGCAACAAUGAUGGAUUCUUGUUAUGUUCUCCCAGAAAAUGUAUGUAGAAAUUAUCACACACUUUGUAGUAACUUGUUUACAAGAGCUUUAACUCUAUUUUUCAUUAUUUUUUUCUCUAGUAUGGGAUCGGUACUCAGUGAUAACACUGCUUACUUCAGGUCUGAUGGCUUGUCGGAAUGAACUCGUUUGGUUGACCCAUAUAGUUUUUCUCAUUCCAAACAGGUAUUUUGUUUUUAAUUUUUGACGGCAGCGAUGGCAUCAACUUUUGUAUUAAAGUUUAACAUUAAAGUUUCAUGUUUAGAUCAGUUCUCAUAAACUAAAAGUCCUAGGUCACUGAAACUUGGUUGAUAGUUGCACCUAUGGAUGUUCAUAUCAGAGCAGAGAAUUCUUGUUUAAUCUAUGUGUAGCUUAUAUGGCAGCAUUGGUUUCUUUAAGCUACUUGUCACAAUUACCGUAUGUUAGAUACCCAACAGCUGUAAGUAAUAGCUGGGAGCCAAAUUAACAAAACAUCGUAAACUAGUUUACACUUAGAAAAUUGUAUGUUGAAGAGUGUUGAAGAGUAUUUGGUAUCUAUUUGAAGCAGAUAAUUACAAUAAUAUGGAAGAUGAGUCAUGGACAGGACAGAAGAAAGUGAUUUAUCUGCAUUUCAAAAUGUAUUAUUUGUACGGUACUGUUUUUAAUAACACUGUUUGCAGAAAAACAACAGUCCUUAUAAUUACAGUGAGUUUAAAAUAUAUACCAGUAUAUAAUUUUAUUUUAUUUUUCCUGUUAUACAUAUUCUAUAAUUCCAUAGUUAUCAGUGUGAAAUAGAUACGAAAUAUUUCUUUUAUGAAUUUGGUCCCAGGUUCGUGUAGGCAUGAUUCACUACUAACUAGAUCAUCGGUUGUUGGUGUUGAGUGAUGAUUUACUUCAUACUGCUAGUGUGAAGAAAAUAGCAUUUGAGGAUUUUGGUAAUAAUUUAGGCAGCUGAUCAGUUAGGGGCUGAUAAUUACGAUUAUUUUGAAGUUGUUUCUUUGACCAGUAUUGUUGUUUAAACUGAAAUGUCUUCUGACACAUACAAAAGAAUUACAAAACAGUAGAGUUUUAUUCAGCAUGCUAGAUCGAUGUCAGCUGGCACAAAUUAGAAGAUGGCUCAAAUUAUUGUAAAGUCAGAAGUUAUUUUGUCUUCUUUGUAGAAGAAAAGAAUUUGAUGUCAUUAUGUUAAUCCUAUUCAUAACAUUUAAUCCAAAUAUGAUCUGGUGCUGUAUAUUGUAAUUGUACAGGGUAAGUUUGAUUUGUGAUAAUUUUUCCAUUCAUAAUUCAUAUAAUGUUUUAGGCGUGAUUUUUUUAUGGUAUGACCACUCAACAUUGUAAAGCUAUAAUCAAAAGGUUUGUGUUGUCCUAAAGUUUUGACAGAUGUUCACCCAUUUUACCUGUUCAUUUUUUUUUUACUGUAUUAUCCAUUCUUUUCAAGUUGCCUUGUUCAAACUGGUUCCCAGAGCUAAAAGGAUUAUGGUUGAAGAUUGGUGUUUUUCUAUGUACAUUGUUUUUGUAAGAGCUCAGAUAAAACUAGAUGUAAUUUGUCUUGUCAUGUAUACAUGCAUGUAGAGGCUAACCCGCUCCAACCCAGCAUUUCCCCAAUAACAAGAUUACACAAUAAUACAGAUACGGGAAAGGAGUUAAUCAUAGCCUUCCACAGCUGUGAAACUGGUGAGCUUGAAUCCAGUUUCACUAAUAGAUAUCUCAUAACAGAACUGGAUUGUGAAAAAACACACCCUUAAUUAAAGAAACAGUCAGACCUCAUUACAAGGACCAUCCUUACAACAUUUACAUCAUCCGACCAGAAAUUAUCAAGAACAAAUGAACAUCAGUGUUGUUCUGUUCUUUACAUCAGAAUUUACACUUUCCGACACCCAACGGAUUAAACAUAUACAUGUACCUCUUUAGAAGAAUAAAUGACUCAAUCAUAGAUGCUGUUAUGUGUAGCAUUGGGCAUCUGCUGGGUCACCUGAUGUCCUACUUAACGAGGUCUGUAAAGUUUGCUGAUGUGAUUUUGAAAAUAAGCCUUUAGUCAUUUAGUUAAAAGAAUAAUUGUCUUUGUUUUAUGGCAAUUUGUGAAUGUGCAGGACAGAAGCAGAAACCAGUCAUAGAUUGGAUGUCUUUGACCAGUGGAUGCAUCUUUGACCAGUGGAUGCACCUUAAUGUAGUCUAUUGAUUAAUCAGUUUUAAUAUAUAAUGGUUCCAGUAAAACAUAUUUUAUUACAAGUACAGUAUCUUGUAUUUGUUGUUUUUUUAUGUUAAAUUCAAUACAUUAAUUAUUUAAAGGUG